GGUAUUUUAGACUUUUGUCCUUUUAGGUAUUUUAGACUAAGACUUGGUGAUCCGAGAGGAAUAUGAAAAUGGCUCUCCAAAAGCUGUUUGGAUACUUUGUAGUGGUUAUUCUCUGCAAUGGUUGUCAAUCAGAUGAGCCUGUGUGUGGCAAAGCAGCAGUAAGCAAUUCCCGGAUCAUUGGUGGUCAAAAUGCCCAGCAAGGAGCUUGGCCCUGGCAGGUAUAUUAUACUACAAGUGAUUCCUCCUGUGGAGGGUCACUGAUAAACAAUCAAUGGGUGCUGACAGCUGCUCACUGCAUUAACACAGGUGAGCUCAACCACACAGAAGUCCAACUUGGUGCUUUUCAACUAAAUGUUUCCAGCUCCAAUAAAGUGACUCGCAGGCUUUCUGAAAUCAUCUGCCAUCCUGAUUACAACAGUAAUACAUUCGAAAAUGACAUCUGUCUUCUAAAGCUUUCGGCUCCUGUUAAUUUUACUGCCAACAUACAGCCGGUCUGCUUAGCCUCAGAAAACAGUACUUUCCAUGAUGGGGUUAUGAGCUGGGUCACUGGUUUUGGGGUCACUGAGUACCUAAUUGGACCAACUGCCAACACGUUGCAGGAAGUAGACGUACCAAUAGUGGGAAUCAACAGAUGCAUGUGCUACUACUCUGACUUUAUUAGCCUCCUUCUUUACCCUGCAGACCCAAAGAACUACUUGUGUGCUGGACUUAAAGAGGGAGGGAAGGACUCUUGUCAGGGAGAUUCAGGGGGACCACUGGUAGUGCAACAGCGGAAUAGCUCUAUGUGGGUCCAGGCUGGAAUUGUGAGUUUUGGUGAUGGCUGUGCUCUUCCAAAGAAACCUGGAGUCUACACUCGAGUGUCCCAGUAUCAGAGAUGGAUCAGCGACACAGUCACUGGCAUGAAACAAAGCUUUGUUACCUUUACCUCCCGUGGCUUCGACAAGGACUUAAACUUCACAUGUGCUACCAUCAGUCCUCCCACUAUCAGUACGACCCCUGACGGCAGUAUCUUUGGCAGUGGUGCCACCCUGAGUAACUUUUCUCAUUUCAUGGCUCUCUCUGUUUUCAUUCUGUUUCUUCACGUCCUUGUUGGUAGUGGUUGAAAGUGAAUAGAUAUGAUAUGAAAAGGAUACCAUUCUUUGACUUGGGUGGUUUGCGUUUAUGUUACUUCAUUGCAGUUCAAAUACUACUGUACCUGUUACUUAUUGAUGAAAACUUGUCAUAAAACAAUAUAAUGUUACACAUGUUAAACUACUUUUGUAUAUUAAUGCUGUUGUUAAUAUAAACUGGAAUCAACAGGUACUAUUUGGGUUAACUGAAUCUCAACAAACAACAGCAGACAGUUUUUGAUGAUAUGUAUUACCAAUCAAGUUAUACAAAUAAUAUGUAAUAUUGGGAUAUUACUAAAUAUUGUAACCGCUUCUGAACUGACUUAACCUAGUUUAUCAAAUCCGAUCUACCCAAAUGUUUGGCUUUUAUUUGUGGUAAAAUUUACAUUAGUUUUAUCGUACUGUA